AUGGCCGUUGCAACUAUCAAGAACAUCACAGACGAACUAAAUGCCAUAUUGGUAGCAAACCUUGAGGGGAUACUGGCAAACGCCGAAAAUGGAAAUUACGAGUAUUAUGAGGAUGGCGGCGAUCGCGUCAUGGUGAUACUAGUGGAGCCACUAGUAUUUGUAUUGGCCCGAAUAACUUCGUCACUCUCUACCGGCGAGCCGCUGACCAUUACCGAAAUCACCGAUGACAACAACUGCGAAAAUAGCCCUGGUCUGGUCGCACCGGUAGAGAAUGACAUGUUAAAAAUCAAAGACAACAUCAUGUCGGUAGAGGAGUUGAGACUGUUAAAAAAAUCGAAGAGCAGAACAGUUGUGAGCCGAACGGUGGUCCGGAAGCUGCAUGCGGAAAACGCCUUCCACAACGACGAAACCGGUUGUCCACGGGGUGGAAACGCGUGA